CAACAGCAUCCCACAAUGUUCGCCGUCCGAGCCGCCACCACCGCCCGAGUUACCGUCUCCAAGGCCCCUGCUUCCAUGUUUGCCCGAUACUACUCUCCCGACGUCAGGGGUGAGGGUGCCACCGCCAGCUCUGCCGGUUUCAAGACCCGUGAGCAGGCCAAGGAGGCCCAAUACGUCCAGCAGCACGAGGCUGAGAAGCUCAAGCUUGCUCAGGCCAAGCUCAAGGCUGCUCAGGCUGAGGUUGACAAGCAGCAGAAGGUUGUCGACGGACAGGAGAAGAAGUAAAUUUGAAGCCAUGUAGCCGAAAAGCAAGAGUAUGAAUGAAUUUUGUGCUUGCAUCCA